CGCAGUGUACAGCUAUACGUCAUCUCCCUGCGCCGGGAACAAAUGCACAUCUUUCGAAAUGUCACGUUGUUACCUCUAGAACGAGACAGCACACUAUCCCACGACAAAUGUAUGUACGUAUGUACGAUAUUAGAUUAAAGGUAUUAGCCAGCUAUGCAUUGUGAAAUUUAGCACGUUAUCAGGUAACUAGUGCAACACUUUAUUGCCUGAAUGUUGACUCCGAAAAGACCACCUUUCAACUUAAAGUCGAUUGCGUGGUUAUUCAGGCAUCCAGUCGUUCGUACUUUUCGGUGCGCUAUAAACGUAUGGGUUGAGAGCAUUCCCCCGCGGGCAGCUUUCCAACUUUUGCGGAAUAUGUCAUCUAAUGCUAGUGGCAACCAGGACGCGAACAUGAAGAGAUCGAAACCCCCAAAAGACACCCUUCGGCACAUAAGAAAUAGAGCACAAAGGAAUCAGGAGGAUGGGCCAGCGACUGUGCACGUACAAGUAAUUGGUGCAGGUAGCCGUGGCAACGGAGCGUCUCUCUACAUGUUCUCCGAAUUCAAUCGAUAUCUGUUCAACUGCGGCGAAGGAACUCAGCGUCUGAUGCAAGAACACAAGAUAAAGCCCGCUCGUCUGGACAACAUCUUCUUCACUAGAAUGAGCUGGGAGAAUGUUGGAGGUUUGUCGGGGAUGAUACUGACGCUUAAAGACACCGGAGUUCCCGACUGCAUUCUCUCUGGACCACCACAACUGGAGAAGUUUAUGGAUGCAAUCCAGACCUUCUCCGGAUCCCUGGACCAAAUCAAGCUAGCUGUCAGUCCGUACACCAAUGCUCCGUAUUCGGAUCAGACCGCGACAGUUACUCAAGUGCCAAUAUUCGCCCAGCUGGAGGAGAGCGCUCCCCGAGAGGCCUCCCCCGGCCCCCAGGGGGAGCCCUCCAGCCCGGCGGACGGGGCGAGCGGCUCCGCAGAUCCCCGGGAGGAGAGAGAGGGGAGCCCAGAUGGGAGACCGACCCCGACGAGAGAUCCCUCUUUGGUGGUGGCCUUUGUCUGUAAGCUCCAGCUGAAAAAGGGGAAUUUCUUGGUUCAGAAGGCCAAGGACCUGGGGCUGCCAGUGGGCCAGCCUGCCAUAGGGCCCAUCAUCGCCUCGCUGAAGUCUGGGAAGAGCGUCACCUACGAGGGGAGAGAGAUCCACCCUGAGGAGGUGUGCACUCCCACCCAUCCCGGGCUCGUCUUCAUCGUGUUGGAGUGUCCCUCCGAGGAGUUCAUCCAGCCGUUCUGCACCAAUCAAGUCCUCAGAAGGUACCAGACCGGUGGUUCCGAGGAACCUGCAGCCUUGGUGGUUCACAUCACGCCCGAGGCGCUGUUGGGGACGGACAGCUACAAGGACUGGAUGGCGAAGUUCCCGCCCGGCACGGAGCAUUUGAUUAUGAAUGAACACGUCCGCACCGUUCACAACCUGAGCAGCCGUAAACUGCAGAUUCAGCUCAACCUGAUUCACCCAGAGGUCUUCCCACAAAUCAAGAGCUGUACUGCAAAGGGAGGAAAGGCUGCUCUGCAUGUGCCCAAUGUCAGGGCGGAGUGUCUCCUGAGGUUUCAGCUCAGACCCAGGCUGGAGUGGCAAAGAGAUGGGAUCCUCUCCUGCGACACCUCGGAGUUUGUGCGAGAGGCAGAAGAGCUCCCAGGGUUCCUAAAGGCGGUGGAGGAGUGCAAGCAGAGCCUGAGGGAUUCUGAGGUCCAGUCGGAGGGAGCAGAGAAGUACCCUGAGGUGGUGUUUCUGGGCACUGGCUCCGCCCUCCCCAUGAAGAUCCGGAAUGUCAGCGGCACUCUGGUGAACAUCAGCCCCACCCAGUCUGUGCUGCUGGACUGUGGAGAAGGCACGUUUGGGCAGCUGUGUCGUCACUAUGGCAACCAGGUGGACGAGGUUCUGACCAGGCUGUGCGCGAUCUUCAUCUCUCACCUGCACGCCGACCACCACACGGGACUGCUGGCUCUGCUGCUUCAGAGGGAGAGAGCUCUGAUCAGCGAGGGGAAACCCUGCACCCCCGUUUGCUUGGUGGCCCCAGUUCUGAUCCUGACCUGGCUGCAGCUGUAUCACGAACGCUGCGAGGAGAUCCUGCACCAUGUCGACCUCAUUCCUUCUUGGUCGCUGACCGAGGGGGCGGACGUUCACAAAGACGAAUUUAAGGCUGCCAUCCAAUCACUGCUCAAGAAAUCUGACUUGGAAAAGUUGGAGACGUGCGUGGUGAGGCACUGUAAGAACGCCUUCGCCUGCAGCCUGACCCACCGCUCCGGGUGGAAGCUGGUGUUCUCCGGGGACACCAUGCCCUGCGAUGCCCUGGUGGACAUGGGAAAAAAUGCCACAUUGCUUAUUCAUGAGGCGACGCUAGAGGAUGGCAUGGCGGAAGAGGCAGUGGAGAAGAAACACAGCACCACGUCCCAGGCCAUUGGCAUCGGGAUGAAGAUGAAGGCUGACUUCAUCAUGCUGAACCACUUCAGCCAGCGCUACGCAAAGAUCCCGCUCCUCAGCCCCGACUUCAACGACAAGGUCGGCAUCGCCUUCGACCACAUGAGGGUGCGUCUGUCCAACCUGCGCGUCCUGCCCAGGCUGAGCGCGCCGCUCAAGGCGCUGUUCGCGGAGGAGAUCGAGGAGAUGAAGGAGCGCCAGGGCAAGCGGGAGCUGAAGCAGCUGAAGCAGCUGAUAAGGGUGGCCGGGCUGGGCCUGCCUCUGAACGGGGCGGGGCAGGGAGCGGGGCAGGGAGCGGGGCAGGGAGCGGGGCAGGGAGCGGCCGGCGAUGGAGCACGUGACGCGCCGCACAAACGUGAGCCCGAGGAGGACCCGGAGCCGCUGAACAGCAAGAGACUGAAAGCCAGCUGAACCUCGUUCCCCCGAACCGCUCCGCAAACAUUCACAGCUCCGUUCUGUCACGAUCUGCUCACGGAUAGGAGUUGCCCUUGUUAUCUGAUGAAUUGAUUACUUAACUGAAGACAGUGCGUGGGAUUAUUGUGUACAUUAUACACCACCAGUACAGGAUGACUUAUUUUGUGAUUGAGUUCCCACUGUAGCCUGAGACUACUAAUUUAGGUUUUCAGUAUUGACGCCUGGAGGUUGUAUUUUGAUUGUUUAAAAUGGCCGCUGAUAAAUUCUGAUGUGCUGGUUUGCUUUUAGUUAGCUUGUUAAUUGAAUAAAUAAAGCUUGAUUUUCUUCCUUCAUGAAAAUGUGUUCACAAAAACUUAUAUAAAUAAAUACUCUGACGUAAA